AUGGUGAGGAUACUGGCGCUAACCUUACUGGCUGUCUCUCGCCUCGUCAUCUCGGCAGACAUGGACAGUGCCCUGGCUGCCGAUGCCGAGUGCGGCCCUGGCGAGGAAUGCGCCCUCAACGCCUUGCAGCAAAAGGCGGUGGUUGCGCAGUUGCAGUCGGAGGACUCGGUGGAGAAGUUUGCCGCAGCGCUCGAGGAGGGCGAUGAGGACGCAGAGGCUGAGGCGCAGAGCUUAGCUCAGCAGGCCUCCGACAAGAAGUGGGCGCCCCCCCCACAGUACGGCACUCCAUAUCAAAAUCCAUAUGGCCAGCCUAUUGGAUUCAACCCGUAUGGGGCCCACUACGGCAGCAAUCCAUACUCGGUGCCGGGGGUAGGCGUGGGAGGCUGCCUGACCAAGAUCCAGGGCUCUUCCUGCAUGGUCUUCGACUGCGCAAGGUCACGUGGGCCGACGAGGUGCAACCUCCAGGACUACUUCUGCUACUGCCAACCCGGCUACUGCUCCGAUGGCAAGGGCUGUGCUCCCCAGAUGCGCAGCGCCCUCGGGGCGGCCCUUGGACCGCGCAGUGCACAGGCGGUGGUCGUCCGCGUUCGACCCGGUGGCGGCAGAUCCAACCUCCGUGCGGCGGAGGGCGCUGCAGUCUUCAGCUUUGCCGCGCUGCCCACCGAGACUGGCGAGGAGCAGGCCGGUGUGCUUCGGGCGCACCUCUUGCUUGAGGCGGACUACUCUGGAGGUGUCUGCCUCCUGUCGGAGCUACAGAUGCAGCUCGAGGAGCAGGAGGGCCGCGGCCCCAUUGGCGGUCUCAUGUUAGAGAUCGAGGUGGAGCCGCUGCCCCCAGCCCCAGCUGCGCCCGGAGCCGCAGACGCCGCACCUGCGCGCCUGGCUGAACUGCCUUCUGCGGAUCCGGCCAUGGAUGCCCGCGAUGCCACCAUCUUCGUGUCGAUCCCCUCCUACCGGGAUCCGGAGUGCCAGUACACAAUCCGGGACCUCUUUGGCAAGGCCAAGAAGCCCGAGAGGGUGUUCAUUGGCGUUUGCUGGCAGGCGGAUGCUAAGGAGGAUGCGGCGUGCUUCCUCCUGGAGCCCCCGAGCCACCUGGCUGCGAAUGUGCGCGUCCUCCCGCUGCACCACCGGGAUGCGCGGGGCCCCUGUUAUGCCCGCGCACGGAUCCAGCAGGAGUUGUACCAGGACGAAGAGUACUACCUCCAGCUGGACAGCCACUAUCGCAUGAUCCCGCACUGGGACGAGGAGCUGCUUCGACAGCUGCGGCUCUGUGGGAGCCGCAAGCCCAUCCUCAGCCACUCGGGCCACAGCCCUUUCACUUCAAGCACGUAUCCCUCGAGCUACACGCUGCCGGAGGACUACCGCCCCGGCGAGCCGGACCAAGCGCGGUUGCACGCCGCGCAGGAUCCGGUGGUGCUUUGCGCCAAGGAGUUCGGCUCGGAUGGCUUCCUCCGCAUUACCGGGAAGACCUGCAAAGGCUCGGAGUUCGAGGCCCCGCUGCCAGGCCUUUUCUGGGCCGCCGGAUUCUCCUUCUCCUCGGCAACGAUGCUGCGGGAAGUGCCGUACGACGUGGAACUUGAAGACCUCUUCUUCGGCGAGGAGCCAAGCAUGGCGUCACGGCUCUGGACAUCGGGGUGGGAUUUCUUCGUCCCGACCAAGGUGAUCGGCUACCAUCUCUGGACCCGAAAGCAUCGCCCCGUCUUCCGAGAGCUUGGGGGCGAGGACCAGCGGCGUCGAGAGCGGGAGUCCCAAGAGCGAGUGAGGCAACUGCUGGCCGGGGCCGUGAACGCGCCAGGACAAAAGCUCGGCUCCGAGCGCUCACUCGCUGAGUACGAGGAGUUCGCUGGGUUGAGCUUUCAGCGGCAGACGCUCUCUGCCCGAGCGCGCCGCGGCGGCUUCGGGCCGGAGAUGUUCCGGGAGGGCGAUCCAGCCCCUCCUGCGACGAGCCCCCCAGCCGCGGGAGGCUACCUGGCACCGGGCGGCGGUCUCCCCUCCAACGUGGCCUCGCAGAUCCAAGCACUGUUGGGCCAGGCACCGAACGCAGCCGCGGCCGCGGAUGCCGCGCCCAAGCUACUGGUGCCUGCGCUACCGGCCGAGCCCCCGAGGCUCCUGGAACUCCGUGGCGUGGAGCCGCAGAUCCUCCGGCGUUCGGAGGUCGAGCUGUUGAACUCCCAGGGCUUCGCCAUGAUCGACGGCUUCCUGCAAGACCGGUGCUACGGCCAGUUCUGCAGCCGCUGCAAGAUCGAGCCCGGAGAGGCCCUGGCUGCCGUGCGCAGAGCCCUGGCGCUGCUGCGUUUGCGGCCGGCGCGCCUGGGCCGUGGCGAGAGCGUCUGGAGCAGUGCGGCGGUACGUGGCGACGAGAUGACCUGGCUGAGCGUGCCCAAAGCGAGCGACCGGGAAGCUCUCUGGCGCCACGGGCAGCGUGCGCUGGAGCUGGGCGCCGGACGCAGCCAGGAGAGAGGGAAGCCCGGGAAAGACAUAGCAGGCUCGGCCGACCCUUGCGAGUAUGACGCGAUCAAAGCCAAUCUGCAGUCAUGCUUUGCAAAGAAGGAGGAGCCCGCGUCGGGCGCGAGGGGGGAAGUCCACACUUCUGAAGAAGCCGUGCUGGCAGCGGACGAGCAAAGCUCGGAGUGCUACCAGGAGUUGGACGUGCUGCUCGUCGCCAUCACGGCAUUGCAGCACGAGUUGGAUGAGGCGUUGAACUUCAGCAGCCGCCGGCUGAGUACCAUGGCCGCCAGGUAUCCAGGCAAGGGCGCGCGCUACGCCAGACACAGGGAUGCCUUGCCCAACCACGAUCUGCGCCGCCGGCUGACGGCGGUGUACUAUGCGAACGAGGGCUGGCGAGAGGAGGAUGGCGGCUGCCUGCGUGCGCACUUCCCAGCGGCGGUGGGCCGACAUGUGGAGGGCGCCGUGCCGGGCGACAGCGAGGAGGGCUCUGAGGCCUGGACGCUGGAUGUGCCACCGUUGGCCGACCGCCUGGUGCUCUUCAGCAGCGAGUGGCUUGAGCAUGAGGUGCUGCCAGCACACGCAGAGCGUUGGGCUGUCACCUCCUGGUUCUACUGA